UUCCACCCAGCGACUGAAAAGCAAAUACACCAUUCGAACAUGACAGUUGCAUCAAUGGCGACUACAACUAUGACCCAGGGGCGGCCCCAAGAGACUCCCUACCAGCUUGAUCCUGACCAGACUCUGAAAGCCUCCCAAGCCCUCCUUCAGCACGUCCAAGCAGAGACCAAGCGUCUACAGGAAGUUUCCUCCAAACGAGACCUUCUCCAGGCCGACACCUCAGAUGCCGAGGACGACUCAGUGACUGAUGGAGAAGCGCCCAUAUGGCUUACCCUCACCACUAAGCAACACAUUGUCGAUCACAACAAAUUGAAGCCCAGCAAGAUCUCUGUCCCACACUCACUCAACAAAUCUCCAGAUCUUCGAAUAUGCCUCAUCACCACAGACCCUCAAAGAGCGAUCAAGAACGUUGUUGCCGAGCCUGCAUUCCCUGGGCACCUCCGAUCUUGCAUCACGAGAAUAAUUGGGUUCACAAAACUGAAGAACAGAUAUAAGACUUUCGAGUCCAGAAGGCAAUUGUUGGCUGAGCAUGAUGUCUUCCUCGCAGACGACCGUAUCGUCACUCGUUUGCCAGCCAUCCUGGGAAAGAUAUUCUACAAGGGGACAGCGAAGCGGCCGAUACCUAUUGUGAUCGCCCAAGCGGAAAAGAGCAAGAAGGACUCACAGCAAAAGUCGUCUAAAAGAGAAGGAGCUGUUCCACCUAGCUCGCCGUCAGCGUUGGGAAAAGAGAUCGAGAAAGCCAUUGAUGCAGUGCCAGUCACCUUAAGGCCAGGCACGCUAGUCGCCGUCCGUGUUGGAUUGGCUUCAUUCAAGCCCGAACAGUUAGCAGAAAACGUGGCAGCCGUGGUAAAAAGCCUGGUCGAGAAACAUGUGGUCAAAGGAUGGAGGAAUGUUAGAGGCAUCCACAUCAAAGGACAAUCAUCGACCGCUGUACCGAUCUGGCUGGCUGAUGAUUUGUGGACGGACGCGGAUGACAUUGCCUCCCUGAAGGCGAUCGAUGGUGGCAAUGAGAUCGAAGAAGACCAAGGUCCUAAGCGGAAGAGGAAUCCUGCAACGACAAAAGGUCCACAAGCUGGAGCACGGAAACGAACAAAGGUGGAUGGGAGCGAUGAGAAGCAGGAGGCCAAGAAGGUUGCAGAAGAUCGAAAGAGCAAACUAGCGGCUCAGAAGGCGAAGAUCUUCGGAGAAGAGGUGUAACGCUUGUCAAAAGGCAAGAUGUUUAGACUCUUUGUACGAUGUCAUGAGCAGGAGUUUGGGAAAGCGUCUGGGGGACCUGGCAUUGCUCUGGAGUUGAAAAAUAGUGUAAUUAACCAAAUUUCACGCAAGGCUGAGAGAUUGCGUGUUCAGCCAAUCGAACAAAA